AUGAAGGCUGAAAGACAGGGUUACUUCACUCUGGUGGAAUGGAGAAGAGGACUCAAGGCGUUAAAGGCUGAGAGAACCAAGAAACUGAAGGAAGCCCUUCCAGAGCUUGAGAAAGAGGUCAGAAAACCAUCAAAGUUUGCAGAUUUCUAUGCCUAUGCCUUCAACUAUUGUUUGACAGGUAUAGUCAUGAACAUGAGAGAAAUCGUCUUAGGACCAACAUUCCGCGCCCAAGUUGACCACUUUGUCGACUAUCUUAAGAUCCAAAAUGAUUACAAAGUCAUCAACAUUGAUCAAUGGAUGGGAUUUUACCGGUUCUGCAAUGAGAUAAGUUUCCCGGACAUGAACAACUUCAAUCUAGAUCUUGCGUGGCCAUUGGUUCUCGACAACUUUUACGAGUGGAUGCGCGAAAAACAAGCCUGA